AUGGAAUCAAAGAAGGAGAAUCUGGUUCUGUGUUUUGUUGUCUUAGCUGUUUUCUUAAUCUCAGGUGUCAAAUCUUGGACUGGUGAGAUUCAUGGUAGAGUUGUAUGUGAGGUUUGCGCUGAUUCUUCCAUUGGUCCUGAGGAUGUUUUAGAAGCUGCUGAGGUUGCUGUUCUUUGCAUUACAAAAUCUGGGGAAGUAGUAAACUAUCAGGCUUUCAAAAACGCUAAGGGGAUUUAGGCUGAAACAAUGCCUGAGAGUGACCAGUGGGAUGCAUGCUCGGCACGACCCAUCAGUUGUUUCCAUGAUCACUGCAACCAUCUCAGGGAGGGCAGCAACGGUGUCAAGUUCACCUAUAAUCGUCCAUCAGGUCAUUCCCACGGCAUCCGACCUUUCAUUUAUCGACCCUCCAGUGCCCCGACAUACUGCAUUUAGAAUGUUAAUUGAUGUGUUAGUUCCAAUCAUGAAUGUCUUACACAGAAGCAAAUGAAAAAAAUGGUAUAUAAUGUUGUAAUUUAUAUGUUCUUAAUACCGAAAAGUUCAUGUUUCUGAUGGAUCACCAUGUUCUAUGCUGUGGUCUACCUGCGACAAGCAAAGAUUAUAUACAAAAAAAGAAUUAUAAGUAAGGUGGUAUGAGCCAUAUGAUUUCACAUAAUUCUUUUCUUCAUGCUUGCAAUUACUGUAUCUUUUGACCUCUUUAAGUUGCAUCUGAGUUCUGUAUCAUCUUCUGUUUUAUCAUCGAUGAAUCUAAUCGAUUUUCAAUCAAACCUUUUCGAGGUUGUUGAUAUAGUCAGAGUGAUCGAGCAAUCUCAGGUCACUUUGUUCCAGUACAAAUUUGACUAUAUAA